AGGCCGGGCGAGGGAGGGGGAAGGGAUAGGCAAGCGGAAGGGAUCAGUUUGCAAGAUGGCGGAGGAAGCGGAAGGGCCUCUAAAGCGGCUUCUGGUGCCUUUUCUUCUGCCCGAGAAAUGCUACGAUCGGUUUUUUAUUGACUUGGAUUUGCUCGAUGUUCCCUGCCUCAAGAUACUAAUCAGCAAAGGCCUGGGGCUUGGCAUUGUUGCUGGAUCAUUGCUGGUGAAACUACCUCAGGUGUUUAAAAUUCUGGGGGUGAAGAGUGCAGAAGGACUGAGCCUCCAGGCAGUUAUUCUAGAACUGGUGGCCUUAACUGGGACCAUAGUCUACAGCUUGGCCAAUAGCUUCCCAUUCAGCUCAUGGGGUGAGGCCUUGUUCUUAAUGCUACAGACCAUUACCAUCUGCUUCCUGAUCCUACACUACAGAGGACAUAGCAUGAGAGGUGUGGCCUUACUAGGUGUCUAUGUCCUGAUCCUGCUGGUUUUGCUCUCACCCUUGACGCCUAAGGCUGUGGUCACCCUACUCCAGGCCACCAACAUGCCUGCUGUGAUCAUAGGGAGGUUACUCCAGGUGAUCACCAACUACAGAAAUGGUCACACGGGCCACCUGUCAGCAGUCACAGUUUUCCUACUCUUUGCUGGCUCCCUUGCCCGAAUCUUCACCUCCAUCCAGGAAACAGGUGACCCCCUCAUGGCUGUGACUUUUAUUGUCUCCUCCAUCUGCAAUGGUCUCAUUGCCUUCCAGCUCCUCUAUUAUUGGAAUGUCAGGAUUCCUCACAAAUGGGAAAAGAAGCAUCAGUAGUGGCCUCUCUUUCCACCCAGAACAGUAUCUCAAAGGCCCCAGUUUGGUCUUCAUUCCUUUUCCUUGGUAUUUCCUUUUCCUUUGGUCUUCCUGACCUGGGUUCUUCCCACUUCCAAAACUGAAAUCCUUUUUUUGGAGCCGGACUCCCCCUGUCCCUUUAUUCCACUCUAUUGAUGUGGUAACUUUAUUUUUAGAUUAAACUGCAAUCCUCAGACUUCCCUCUUCUCCCCUCAUUCCCCCAUAGCUUCUUGUUCCACUGUGUUGGGACGCUUCAAAGAGAAGGUUAAACCCUCCAAGCAUCCCUGGCUGAAAAGGUAACAAGUGAAGACACAGAUCUCAUUAGUGUUGGCCUUGGACCAUGAGUAUGCCAGCUGUGGCUAAUUAACUGGCUGUGUACCUAGAGUCCUAAUCUAUGAUAGGAUCUCUGGCUACCUGGCAGAGCUCAAAGGGAACUUUGUUCCUCCUUUCCUUUUGAUUCCUAGAUAUGCUUCUCACCUCUUAUUCCUAGAAGGUAUCUCCUUUUGCCUGGUCCCCUUUAAACACCUUCCCCCAUUGGGGUACUCAAAGGGCCCAGGAGAUGAAGGGACGUGACACCAGAGACUAAUAUAGGCAGUAAUCAAAGUUAUGGAGAGAGACAACAGACCAGAACCUAAGCCAAAGCUGUCUUUUUCAGGUGGGACCCCCUGUUCUGAUUCUGACCUUUGACCCUUAGGGCCUUUCCCAUCCUAUUAUAUUUGACUCUGGGGCUGAGAGGGACUGGUUGAGGGUAACUUAUCAGCACAGCCUUCUCCACCCCAAACUGGGCAAGUUCCUAAGAGGAGAAACAGAGCUGGGCCCUGUUACUGAUCCCUUGGGUUGGUGAAGCUUUGGACAGAAUCAAAAAAUGGAACCAAGACUCAAAGUCUGAGUUUAAUCUUACAAAACAUAGAAUAUAUAAAAAUUUGUAUCUUCAAUACAAAAA